ACUCACCCAAAUGAAACUCCAACGACUUUUGACUCUCCCUGCAGCACGCUCAGUUACAGCUCUUUAACUCUUUCGUGGGUUCCUCGGUUUCUUCUCUACAGCCAUCUCGAGAAGAUAAAUUAGGGCUUUCCUUUCAUUCUUUUGGGGCUUACGUGUGAAGAUCGAAUAGCUAAGAGAGCAGGAAAUGGGUGGGCAAGAGGUUAAGCAGCUUGAGGAAUGUUCAGUUUCCAAUGCUUUGGGCACAUGGGUGUUUUCGGUAGCGGGUGCUUUGCUAGCGAUCCCGGUGGGGAUUAAGCGGAAAUCUCUAGCGCCCCUCGUGUUCUUUGGCACAACCGGUACAAUGCUUGAUAUCAUUAUGGGAAUCAGUGCUUGUGAAAGGGAGCACGCAGAACGCCAGAUGAAGCUAUUAGAAGCCCAGAAUUCCGCAGCUGAGAUGGGAUCCGAACCACAGUCAUAAAAUAUUAGUAAGGGUUUUUCGCAUUCGGUCGUGCAGUGUG